AGCACUGGCGCUGAAAAACGGGAGGAAGGGAAAGAGAGAGAGGAACAAAAGUCGGGAAAACCUGCCAUAGAGAAAGAACUCCUUGUGGAUAGCAGGGUCCCCAGGACUCCAAUGAAAGGAGUGCCUGGAAAGCUCAAGCAGAAAGCUCAGCCUCUUCACGCUGGCUCCAGAGAGCGCCAGCGUUAACCGGGAUUAAGAAACUCAACUAAUGCUUCCCAGCGCCGGGAUUGCAGCAGCGCGGAGCCUCCCGAGGCAGAGAACCGCGACGGCAAAUCCGGCCGCAUCUCCGGGCAGGCAGAUGCCGCUUAACCCCGGAUUUAUGUGCAUCCCACCUCUGCAGAGCCGCUGGAAAACCACCGUGCCUCCCCUGGGCGGACAGUGAGCGCUGCCAGCCCAGCCGGGGCUGCUCCGUGCCCGCCGCCAGCCGGGCGAAGAGGCUCCCUGGCUCUCUGUCCCCCAGUCCAUGCCGGAGCGGGGGCACCGGGCUCUCAGCACGCUCAGCACAUCCCUGCUCCGUGCCCGGGGUUGAAGAGGCUCUGUGUGCCCCAGCCCAUGCUGCAGGAGCGGUGGCACCGGGCUCUCAGCAUGCUCAGCUCAUCCCUGCUCCGUGCCCGCUGCUGAAGAGGCUCUGUGUCCCCUAAUCCAUGCCGGAGCGGUGGCACCGGGCUCGCAGCGCCUUCCCCGCACAUCCCGGCUGACCGGCAGAUGAGCCAGCGCAUUUCCCCAAACGAGGAGUGCUGGGGGAACCAGGGCCAGGACACGAGGUACCUGUAUCAUUUUUGAUUAAUACUUGUGGGUAAAUGCUGUAAAUAUGAGGCAAGAAGAUUUAAAAGAAAGUCGCUGAGCCGUGCAAGUGAAUUAAUUUGUUUCAGACAACAUGCGGCUGGGUUGCAUCCUUUUACAAGCAGGAACAUUGUUUCUUUCCUAUGCCAAAGACUGACUGCGUUUGCCCUCCUGUUUUACUUCUGCUGUGGAAGAAAUUUAAGCAAGAACAUGUAUAGUGAAUUGCUCAAUUCCACCAGUGCCACUGAAGCUCACCUAAUGAUUCAGACCAACACGCCCUACCUGAGCAGCACCCCGAGACCCGUGAGCUCCUCUGCUCUUUACAUGUCGACAGCCAGGGUGUUAAAAGAAGGGGAAAUAAAUAAGCCAGACCUGGUGACUUACAUCAUUCUAUUUUUCUUUCUGUUCUUGACUGUGACAUUCAUUGUGUUCUUCAUAAACUGCCAGCUGAAAAAUUCUUUUUUUGCUACUCUUCCUUACGACAGAUCGCUCAGGGAGGCGAGGAACCCGUGGAGGACACAAGCUGUCUGACACCUCUCGUGCCAGCAGGAGCAGGCACCACAAACCCUGUGCAGCGAGGAGUUGGUGCCAUGUGCCAGUGCAAGGAUGGGAGCCCCUUUAGAGUAGUGGGCAGGAGGAGAUUGCUCAAAAUUCUGCUGUAUGCCAAACUGAGUAGCUGUAAAUAAAAAGCUCCGUUAUGAACUGAAGAGAAUGCUUUAGCAAAUUGAUACAGUUUUUGCAAAAUAUCGCCCCGUGAUUCCAGAUUAAGCUCUGUGUGUAUGCAAAUGUCAUCAUCCACCCAUUCAGUGUCCAUACAAGGAUAAUUGUAUUAACAACAAUCUCUGAUUUGGGCAUCUGGUGGAGCUUGUGCCCCCAUGUUUAGGAAACCAAGCAUCAAAUGUAAAAAACCAGUGUAUUUACCUAACAGCUCCACAGAGAUGAGUUUACUUUCCAGAUCCAUUUCUCCCAACUGCAUGGUGAUGCUGUGGGAGGCCUGCCAGGCAGGAGGAGAAAAUGAAAAAUGUUUAUUUAGAUUUUUGAUUGUCAUUCUGUUAAGGGUGUUUUUUGAUGUUUGAAUGCAUCAUCGAUCAAGUCUUAAGUUACUACUUAUGUGAAACACUUACUACCUAAUGAAUUUAUUUUCAUCUUUCAUAAACUGCAAAGGAAAUUAUUUGCCACAGCAUGAAACCAAAAUAAUCAGGCUGGGGAGAAGUAGGGAAAGAAAAUUAAUAUAUUUAAUAUUAUGCAAACUAAUGAGAAGUCUGAGCAGAGUGCUCCAAGUUUGAUACACAAAGUGGGUAAGUUCUGAAAGCCAUAAAACACAGCUUUAUAGGAAUAGUAGCUUUACUUUACCACUCCUUGCUCUUCCUCUAAACCUAACCCAAUUAGAACUAUAAAUGAUCAAUAUGACAACAGCUUGAUUCAACACUGGUCACUGGCAGGCCCUACCAUUUCAAAUUACCAUCUGAUUUUGUUCUAAAAUCAGAACAAAAAAAGCUCCUGCUUAACCCUGGUAGGUGACAAGCUAUUUUGUAGAUGCUGAUUUCUUGUAAACUUAAUUACAGCACAAUUCCAGAUGAAGCUGCAUGAAUGUGGGAAGAGUGUCCAUAACUCCCACAAACAGCAGCCAAAGGGCUUGGGUUUGGGGGUUUUUUGGUUUUUUGUUUUUUUUUUUUUAAUCAAAUGGCUCAACAUACAGGAGAAUUGCAGCUAUCCAGAAGCACCUGGAUACAGUGUGUUUCUGGAUAGCUAAAUCCUAAAUCCUAUUUAACUACAAAAUAGUCCUAAAUCCUGUUUUAGCUGCAGUUUUGGGUAUUGGAUCAUCUGAAAUGGGUUCAAAGUGGUGUCAGAUGCUGCUCCUAACCCUGUUCUUGACCCGCAGAGUACUGCAGAGGAGCUGUGUGUAUAUAUGUGUAGGUAACUUAUUUCAUCCAAAGGAGGUAAUUUUACAAUGCAAUUACACACACAUACAGGCUUGCACUCAAGAACACAGACAAAAAGUGUAUAUAUGGAAGUCUGUUUGCAAGCUUCUUCUUUUAUAACCCCAAAAUUGCACAGCUGAUAACACUUCCAUGUCAUUGUCUUUGUUACCAUGUUUUAUUUUGCUCCAAUAAGCUAAACUACUACAUAACAGAUUUCAAUAUUUUAUUCCUUGAUAUGUGGCCAAUAGUUCCUAUGAACCAAAUUUAACUGCUGUAAUUCCAAUUAAUGCAGAAAGCAACAAUAAAUGCAAGUGUAUUUCUCUCAGCCCUUUUUGAAUAAAUCAAGUUUUAUCAAA